CUUUGGAUCGUCUUUAAAGUGUAUUGGAAGUAUGCACCCCACUCUUGGAAUGCAGAUCAACGUGGCAGACAACGUCAAAUGUCUCCGGUCAAGAUAAAUAGUCUCGUCCAAGAUGAAAUAUGUCUGAGUGAGGUUAUCUACUAGCCCGAGCGGGGUGGAUCUAUGAGAGUCGCCCAAUCAAGAAAAUAAUCCGUUAUCACAGACUCGCUCGUGAAGUUGGAGAUAGCUGGAAAGUAAACAUAGUUCUUAAGCGAAAUUGGGGUACAGUGCGGAACGGCAAAUCUUCGGAGUUUCUCGACAGUGGAACUGGUCCUGAAACCCCCCAGAUUCCUUUUCGCGACGACCAGACAGCUUCAAGUUCCUCGCAGCGAAACGUCUCGGCUAGGCAGUAGCUCAUGGCUCAUCAUAGUCUCUACUCACACCAUUGAUUACAAUGUCUAAAAAGUCGCCUCAAGAUGCAAUCACAGAAGGGACAGCAGCUUCAGCCUCGCCAGCCUCGCCAUCUCAGCCGCGCAACGCAUUCUCAGCCAUAAUGAGCAAACGAAAAGCUCCUCCUCCCCCCUCAACAAAAAUCUCUAAAAAGCCCUACAGUAAAAAUGCGUUUGAUCGACGUGACGGUUUGGGUGCCUACAUCGACCAUCCCGAGAAUUACGACUCCUCACGCAUAAUCUCCUACGACGAUAGCUUCGUCGCAAUCAACGAUCUAUAUCCGAAGUCGAGCGUACACGCACUACUACUUCCCCGGUCGAAAAAACACACCUUGCAGCAUCCUUUCGAUGCCUUCGAAGACGCAGAAUUCUUAGCCAGCGUACUGGAACAAGCUACAAAGCUUCGAGAUAUAAUUGGCAAGGAACUGCAGCGUCAAUUCGGUAAAUACUCUGUGCAGGACGUACCCCGAGAGAAAGUUUUGAAUGGCGAGGUGGAGAUUCACAGGCCGGAGGAUAUGCCUAUUGGAAGGGAUUGGAAUAAGGAAGUCAAGGUCGGGAUUCAUGCUCAUCCCAGUAUGAACCAUCUACACAUCCACGUACUGAGUGUGGAUCGGUACUCGGAGUGUAUGAAGCAUAGGAAGCAUUACAAUAGUUUUGCUACGCCCUUCUUUGUUGAGUUGGAGAAUUUCCCGCUGAGCAAAGAUGAUGUGAGGAGGCAUCCUGCGAAGGAGGGGUAUUUAAAUAGUGACAUGUUGUGCUGGAGAUGUGGGAUGAACUUUGGGAACAAGUUUGCAAGAUUAAAAGAGCAUUUGAAGGAGGAGUUUGAUGCGUGGAAGAGAGAGUGAGGGCAAGGUCCAUUUGAACGGUCUGUGUAGAUGUGGCAUAGAGUGGAUCGAUGUGUUUUUCUCCCCACAAGAUACCCGCAUCAGUCGACAUGACGAUGACACAACCAACUCCAUAUACGGCACUUCGGACAAUUGUUUCCGACAUAUCUCGGUGGCAGUCGUGUUGAAAUAUCUUGCUGAUAGUGUCACCUACUCGUGCCCCCGGAUUGUCUUCAAUUCCAUGACUCGUG